AAUGACAAAGCCAUCGUUUCUCUUCACCAUCAAAGACAAACGAGGGCAAUUCUAUAAUUUACUGCAAAUAGCAACGACGGCUAGCUUCUAGGGCAAGGAAUUCAAUUUCCCUCCAAAACCCACAGCAAAACCCUAGACACCGAAGAUCUCUCUUCCAUCUUCAUCCCUCUUUCUCUCUCAAGAGGUUAAGAAAUCGAAAUCGAGUAGACGCUUGCAAAAAUGUUUGAGCUCAGGCUUGUUCAAGGAAGUCUCCUGAAGAAAGUUCUGGAGUCGAUCAAGGAUCUGGUCACCGACGCAAACUUCGACUGCUCCUCAUCGGGGUUCUCGCUUCAGGCCAUGGAUUCCAGCCACGUGGCACUCGUCGCCCUCCUCCUCCGAUCCGAGGGUUUCGAGCACUACCGCUGCGAUCGCAACAUUUCGAUGGGCAUGAACCUCAACAACAUGGCCAAGAUGCUAAAGUGCGCCGGCAACGAUGACAUCAUCACCCUUAAGGCCGACGAUGGCAGCGAUACCGUCACCUUCAUGUUUGAAACCCCGAAACAAGACAGGAUUUCGGACUUUGAAAUGAAGCUCAUGGACAUUGACAGCGAGCAUCUUGGCAUCCCUGAUGCUGAGUACCAUGCUAUUGUGCGGAUGCCAUCUGCUGAAUUUGCUAGGAUCUGUAAGGAUCUCAGCAGCAUCGGUGACACUGUUGUUAUUUCAGUUACCAAGGAAGGCGUGAAGUUUUCAACAAGGGGGGACAUUGGAAAUGCAAAUAUUGUUUGCAGGCAGAACAGUACUGUUGACAAGCCAGAGCAAGCUACCAUCAUAGAGAUGAAUCAGCCAGUGUCCUUGACUUUUGCUCUCAGAUACAUGAAUUCAUUUACCAAAGCGAGCCCUCUAUCUGAAACUGUGACCAUCAGCCUUUCUUCUGAGCUUCCAGUGGUUGUCGAGUACAAGAUUGCUGACAUGGGUUACAUCCGAUUCUACUUGGCGCCCAAGAUUGAAGAUGAUGAUGAGGAAAUGAAGCCCUAAACUCGGUUCUCUCUCUCUCUCUCUCUCUCUCACGCCUGUCCUUUACCUUAGUUUUACUUUGCAUGGAUUGGAUAGGAAAGUUUUCACCAGCAUUAAUGUUUGUGGCAUACCAGAGCUGACAAUUAGUGUUCGGAAAAUGGUUUUAUAACUUAAGGUACUAGUUUAUCGUGAUUUUUGUUUGGCACCUCGCUGUUACUUGUAUUUGAUAUGCUGUAAUUUCUAUCUGUUUUCUUUCCUUUGAUGAGCUUGUCUGUUCCUUUGA